GUCAGUGGUUCAGGUGUCGAUAAAGAGGGCGGUCGUCGCGGCGUUCAACAUCGUAUUCAAGCUCUGGCGGAAUUUUUUCCAACUUUUCUCCCCGCGUCUCGCAUCUCAUCUACAUAAUGUAUCACGAGAUCCUGCCAUCCCAGCGUGCUGGAAAAUUCAUUUCGGCCAAUUGUUUUUGCUCUCAAGAGUUGAAUAAGUAAACGAGAAGGUACCAACUGAAGUAGAGUGAUUGAACUUUUGAAGCGAAGUUUUUUGAAAAAAUAAUUAACUGAAAGAGUUCCAUGUAAAAAAGGUUUGGAAAUCGGUUUUCAAGUGGAAAGUGAGGAAAUUGUGGUUGAUUUAUUUUCUUGGAUUAAAUCAGUAGCUCUGUUAUAUGUAUAGUGAAUUGAGAAAAAAUAAAAUUGUGUUUUAUAGAAAUACUAAGUGUGUUUCAAGAAUGUGCAAAUUCAAAAUUUGAACAGAGUAUUUGGAUACAGUUUAAUUCAAAGCAUUCGUCAUGUUGACAGAGUAUUGUAGAAUCAUAUUGUUCAUCUUAGUUAGUCCAAUUCUAGCAUCAUCUAUGGAUACAACUCGCAAAGAUGUAUAUCAACAACAACAGCAACAAAAAUAUUCAGAAUGGCGGCAGUUGUGGUAUCCAAAUUUCGAGGAGUUCUCCAGGGCGGAGGCUAUGGCCGGAGCCGAAAAUAAUACAAUCACUAACGUAACGGUCCAACUGGGAGCCACUGCUUACCUACAUUGCCACGUCAGGACCACAGGAGAUAGGACUCUGGCCGGAGCAGAGCAAGUCUCGUGGGUACGAAGACGAGAUUGGCACAUUCUUUCUUCUGGAGUUUUCACAUACACCAACGACGAACGUUUCCAAAUUUUACAUGCAGAAGGCUCCGACGAUUGGACACUUCAAAUCAAAUACGUUCAAAAACGGGAUAACGGCACUUAUGAGUGUCAAGUAUCAACUGGUCAAGGUCUCAUAUCCCAUUUCGUCAACUUGCAGAUAGUUGUUCCUGAAGCAACCAUACAAGGUACCAGAUCGGGUGAACACCAUGUCGAUGUUGGUAGUAUUAUUGACCUGGUGUGCAUCAUUGAAAGAAGUCCAACUCCUCCGCAGUACGUAUUUUGGUACCACAACGAUCACAUGAUCAACUAUGAUACAGCUAGGGGCGGUAUCUCUGUGGAAACAGUUCCGGGACCAAGAACGCAAAGCAGAUUGACCAUCAGAGAUACGAACGACGCGGAUUCCGGAAAUUAUACAUGCUCUGCAUCUAAUACGGAGCCGGCGUCUAUAUACGUCUUUGUAUCUGAAGGAGACAACGUCGACGCUAUUCUAAUGAGAAAAUCGUGCGCUAUGUGCAUAGCAAGUCAAAUAGCUAUCAUCUUAAUCAGCAUGUUCACUUCGGCGAUGCGAUAGAAAACUUCAUAAUCACUGAAGAUGAACCGAAGCUUAUGUGAUUGUGAAUAAUUUCCUUUCAAGUGAUAAAAACUAAGCUAAAUAUAUAUUUAAUAAUACUGUUAUGUAUGAUAAAAGACUUUUCAUCGAUAGGUAUAAGAGGAAAUUUCCAUGGUAGUUAAUGCAUUCUUUCCAGUGACGGAAUUCACUAUUACCUUCUCUAGUACUGAACACACUAUUCACACCAAUAAUUACACUUUCUAAACACGCGUUUCGAUAACCAAUUUAUCGUCUCCAAAGACUGAAGAUAAACUAAGUUUCUGUAGACGAUAAUUUUGUUAUCAAAAGUCGCGUCAGACAGUGUAAUUUUAAGUGCUGGUGUAGUGGUAGUAUAAACAGUGUGUUCAUCAUGAUUAUCAUCAACGGUUCUGAAAAUUCCAGUUAUUUCCACCCUAUAUUAAAGAGAAAUAUAUGGAAUUAUUCUCAAUUCGGAAUGGUAUGAAAUAUAAACCGAUGAUUAUAUCACAACAUGAAAUAUAUUGAAUGUUAAUUUUGGCCCAAAAAUUCUCGUUCGAUUGACGUCAUGUUAUUUUUUUAGUGGCUUAUGUUAUUUUAAAAAUGAUUGGUUUUUGCUGAACUUGUGAAAAUUGGACGUGGAAUAUUCAGUAAUUCAUAUUGAUAAUGGAUAUCAGAUACGAUGGAUCUAAUACAAUAUUUCUUAAUGAUGAAAAAAUGUUUCAUUAUAUAAAUAUUAUAAAAAGUCCAUUACCAUAAACCAAUCUUAGUUUAGUUGAAUAACAACUAGAUUAUGAUUAUUUUUUUCUCAAUUUAACGCGCUGGUCAUUGGCAUACGAAAACAAUCAAAAGAAACAUAUAGUCCAGUCAUUUCAAGCAUUUUAAACCCCAAGAACAGAACAGAAUAAGUACGCAUGCGCCAAAGGUUAACGACUGUCAGCUGUUUAUUUCUAGUCUUUCGAAUGCGUCUAUGUAGACAAACCAGUGUAGCCGUUGCCUUCUUUUGUAUAGGAAGUUAAUAUUUGUCGAGUUCCCGUGUUUUUGAACUUCGUGCGAUUGCUGAAUCUACAGGAAUUAACAAAAACUUUUUGCGACAAAUUUCAACACGCGAAAAGUGUAUGCGAGACUGGUGUCUAAAAUCUUUACAUUCGAAAAACAAGAAGCUCGCAAAAAGAUUUGUAUUGGUACUUUGAAUGCCAUUGAAAAUAACUCAUAUAAUGUGACGAAUCUUGGUUCUUUUCAUGGAUGAUCCUGAAACAAAAAUUAUUUUUUUCGAUGUUCAUGGAAUUAUAUACCUUCACUAGCUUCCUGAAGGUGAAACUAUCAAUCAACAUAAUCAUCUUUAUGUUCUUAUUGAAUUCUGUGUGAGAAUUGUCGAUGGAGAAGUUAAAUGUCAAACUCAUUUCGCACUGUUCGUCAAGAGGUUUCUAGUCAACUAUAACACCCACCUCAUUCACCGGAUCUUACACCCUGCGACUUCUAUCUUUUUCCUAAUGUCAAAUCCAAACUCUUUGUUAACAUAAAGCAUAAAAUGCUCAGUUUUUCAGUUAUUAUCAAAAAAUAAGUUCAAAACAUGGUUAACUUUUGGUCUAGAACUCAGCGGGUUCAAUAGCGAAUUACUAAAAGAGUAUUACCUAAAAUUGAUUCAUUCAUCGAUUUCUUUUAGUUUGCAUUUCGGCAGUUACCCCUAACUUAAAAGAACUCAUCGGCACUACAUAAUUUUUGAACUGCCGUAUCUGUGGACAAAUUAGUGUAGCCGUAACCUCCGUUUUCAUAGAGGCUGUUUUUUUGUUUAGCUGUAAAACGUAUUGUUGUGAACUUCCACAUAAAAUUUGGAAAAACUCCAACCGAAACUUAUAAUUUAUUAAAACAAGUGUAUUACUAUGAAUAUUUGAUGCGUUCACGUGCUUUCGAGUUUUCAAAAUGGCUGAGAAGAUAUUGAAGAUAAGUCACGUUCUGGUCGCUUUUCUACGUCAAAAACUAAUGAAAAUAUCGAAAAAGUCCUUAAUCUUGUUCGGUCUGACUGUCGGUUGAGUAUUCGUGCGGUUACUGAGUCCACAGGUGAAACUGCUGAACAAAAUUAUCAUUUUCAUAUUCUAACAGAACCCUGUGGAAGAACAAAAGAGAAAUUAAGCGAAUUGUGGAAAGAAAAGACAUGACUUCUCCUUCAGAACAAUGAGCCAACUUAUUCCGCACUGUCCAUCAAGAAGUUCCUAGCCAAGUACGACAUUCCAGUGGCAGACCAUCCAACUUAUGCGCUGGAUCUUGUACCCUGCGACUUCUACCUUUUUUCUAAGGUCAAAUCUAAAAUAAAAAGAAAAAGAUGAAACAUAAAAUGCUCAUUUUUCCAGUUAUUAUCAAAAAGGUUCAAAAAUAUGAUCUAUUUUUGGUCUAAAACUCAGCAGGUUCAAUCGCGAAUUGCUAAAAGAGUAUUAUCUAAAAUUGAUUCAUUUAUCAAUUUCUUUUGGUUGCAUUUUGUAAAAGGGCACCUUCAGGUUAAAAGCCCCAUAUAAUUAUUCAAUUGUCGUAUCUGUAGACAAAUCAGUGUAGUCGUAAUCUUCGUUUUUAUAGAGGCUGUUUUUUUGUUUGGCUGUGAAACAGAUUGUUGUGAAACCAAACUGAACCUUAUAAUUCAUUGAAACAAGUAUAUGGCAAAUAAAUAUGAACUAUGAACCUCGCCUCGAACUUGUUUUUCGUUUCCACUUGUUUUUGGGUGGUUUAAACGUUUUUAACGUGGCUGGGAAUAUGUGCGCAGCUCUGAAGGAAAGAAGAUCGUGAAAUAUUUGUAUUGUUAGAUCAACCAACUUAUUUGCUGGAUCUUACACACGAUAACAUUUUUGGAUAGAAAAUGAAGAACCAAUUUUAAACAAUUCAUUUCCUAUUUAAAAAAUUUUAUGUUUAACUUGUGAUUCGAAAUGGUUUGAAGAUCGCAUAUUCACGUUAAAGAAUGUAAAUUUAUAAUUCAAAAUUCACAUUUUUGGAGAGUUUCAAUAAAAUGUUUCCCUUUAUCCGUUUCGACUUCAAAUCAUCGCUGUGUAUAUCCAUUAGAUACCUUGGAAGUUUCCUCGUAGUCGGUAACAACUUCUUAUUACUAAUUAUAUAAAUACCAAAAUCAUCAAUAGAUCUACUGAAAUAUUUAUUUCAGUCAUCUGUAAAUAAUUAUUCAAUGUAUUUUCAUUAAUUAUGUAAUUCUUAACGUAAAUUAUAAAGUGCAUCAAAUUAUUAUACUGAAAACUUUGGUCACUGAAACUCUGUCAACAGCUUUUCCACUACAUUCGAAUUUACACAUCACCUUAUAUCAAUACUACAUCACGUUUCAUUUCACUUCUUUUCCACUUAAUACAGUGUAUUUCACAAUAUAUUUCACUCUAUUUCGCAUAAAGAAGAAAAUAAACUGUAACUAUCCAGUUCAUAAAUUCUAAAGUGAAUCACUUACUAGAGCAAAGAAUUUUUGUUAUGUGCUCAGUUUUUUCAAUCUCUAAGUGAUAUAUUUUCGAAAAAAACUGAUGUUAACAUAUUCUUAUCAGAUUUCUAACCCCUAAUACGCUUUGAGGCCGAAGUAACUAUUUAGUACCACUCCCUAGCUUCUUUAUAUACUUCAAGAUGUUGGUGGUAGAAUAAUUUCCUGGAUUUAUUACAUUCAUUCUGGAUUUUUCAUCUUAAAGUUGGUUAUAAAAUCUUUCCAUGUGAAAACUAGGUGAUACAUCUGGUUUUUUGCUUCUUCUACGAUGCUGUUUUGUUCAAUCUAGAGAAGAACUAUCGCAAACAUCCUGUCCGAUAACCAAGCAGCUUAUAGAGCUCCAAGCUCCAAUAUCAUAAACUCUAAACUCAUCUGGAAUUGCCUAGAAAAAUAAAACGAGCUAGACAAGGGACUACACUGGAGGAAAGAGAAAUAAAAAUGUUAAAUUGAGGGCAACAAGCCCUUCUAUGGUAUCAGCUACAGAAUAAUAGAAAGAGGGACUAGAGCAACCUACAAGGGCUGAGACACAUCUUCUUAUUUUGAGAAACUAUAACCAGGAAAGGAGCUCCAUAGCACUACACGACGAUUAAAAUGAAAUAAGAAGAUCUCUGGUAGCUACAGCCAACCUAUUAUCUAAGAGGAAAGGGAUUAAUAGAUCAGCUGUAAACACUGGGUUCCCAGAAAAAGGGAAUGCAAUAGAGCCUUUGGAUUACACUGUAUAUGAUACACAAAUAUGUAAAUACGUACAUACAAGGCCAGUCAAGAGAUAUUGCAAUGAGAGUAGAAAUUGUUUUUAGAACUUAAAUAUACAUCGACGUUUCUUGUUCUGAUAUUGACCAUUGAUUUUCUUCCUGCUGUCACCUAGUUUAUUAUUAGAGUUGUAAUGGAUGUAGUUCAAAGUCCAGAGGGUGGAAAGUGGAAGUUUUGAAGUUCUACACCAUAGAAGUAUAGACUAAAAAUUGAUUUACUUCAAUUUCUGAGACCUUUUCAUAUGUUUAUAUUUCUAAUCGUUUUGAUUUUGAGUUUCUUCUGAUUCAAAAUCAGUUUUAUUUAAUAAUAUUUGAGAGAUUGAUAAAGAAUUAAAGUUUCGACUUAUUUCUUACUUUAUCAAAAUGUUCUUAAUUAGAAGAGAUCUAAAAUCAAGAACAUUUAAAAGCAUAAAAAUUAAUUUUUCGAGUUUCACGUUCCAUGAUUUCAUUGAGUUAAUUUUCUCUAGUUUUAAGAUAGCAGGCUUUGAUAACUAUGAAUUUUACCGAUAUACAGGGAAUUUAACAAGUGUUAUUAAAGACUUAAAGUAAAACUUUGAGAAUACCAAAACGAUUAACCGUAUAGUGCCAUCUUUAAUUCAAAAACAGAACUUAUUGAACAGCCGGUUACUUUAUAUAUUUCUAUAAAUAUUUUCUCCAAUUAAGACAAAUUAUUGAUCUCAAUUUACUAAUAAAUGAAAAAAAAUUUAUUUAUAUUAAAAAAUGGAAAAAUUACGUGUAAAUAUUUUUUAUUUUGUCGUUGUUUACAGAGAUUCAGUUGCUUAUAAUGAACACAUUGUCUUGCACUUCCCAUUGUAAAUAAAAUUUCGAGACUAGAAUAUGAUAUAACUCAAAAAUUUAGAAAGCUGUUAAGUUUUUUGCUAAUAUUUCACCUCAAAAACAUGCUCAUAAUUUACUUUAAAGCAAUUUUAAUCCUCACCUGUGGUUUUUUGUUGAUUAUUUGUUAGAAUUUCUGAAACCGUUGGCGAUAUUCAUACUGAACACACUGUUUAAACUACCACUACACUAUAACUCAUAAUUACACUGUUUGACGCGCGAAAUUUACCCUCAGUCUCUGAGGACGAUAAUUUGGUUAUCGAAACGCGCGUCAGACAGUGUGAUCAUGAGAUUUGGUGUAGUUGUGAUGUGAACAGUGUGUUCAGUUUGAUUAUUUGUUAUUAAGCUAAUUGAAUUUGAGUUGAUGAAAUGUUUAUGAGGUAAAAUUUCUCAAAUUGUACAAUAUCAUUCAACUUUCUAUAGCAUGGUAAUUCAAAUUAAUAUUUAUAUGAAAGCUACUGUGGAGAGACCAGCAUGAUUAUCAAAAUAAUAAAUAACAUAUUGAAUUUUCAUCAUCAAUUUGGAAAUACGUAAUAAAUUCCAUGGCACGUAAACCAAAAUCAUCAUUACUUUACACCAUUAUUUCUAAAAAACCACCAUAAUCUUGAAAAAGGUGAAAUGAAACCUAACCUAACCUAACGUAAUCUAAUCUAACCUAACCUAACCUAACCCAAACUAACCUAACCUAAACUAACCAACCUCCUUUUCUCUCCAUCUCUUCUAUUGUGUUAAAUUUUGAACUGGUGGUUCUGCUGAGAAUAUUUCCGCGAUUUGUCACAAUCGACAUGAAAGAUAGUGAUAAAUCUACCAGUUCAAAAUUUGACACCAUAGAAGAGUUGGAGGCAAAAGGAGGUGGAUUAAGUUAGGUUGGGUUAGGCUAGGCUCUAGUCUUUGUUUUCAAUCCUCAUGUGCUAUUGCUUUAAAAGAAUGCCUAUUCCGAUAUGAUUGGAGAAUUAUUGGCAUAGUUACUGUUGAUGUCUACCCCCCACCUUUGAAGUACGUUCAGAGCACCAAAAAAUAAUCCUAAAUGCGCGAAAACAUUUUUGGAGUAAGUUUGUGAUGGAGCACCACAUUUUUUGCUUUGGAUGACCCAAAAUUUGUUAAAUUUUUUAGUUGCGACGAUUACAAAAUUGGGUUCGGUGGUUAGGUGGUUAAGCAUGUUUGAAUAUCAUUAUUCUUGGUACUUAUAAGUCCGAAAUGAGGUUAUAAGGGUAGUUUCAAGCCUUUUCAAUUUAAAACUGGAAGAAAACGUGGAAAAACUAAUUUUGUAUGAGACAGGAAAAUUCAUCAUAACUAUAUAUCAAAAUUUUUAAAUUACUAGUUGUUACAAUGGCGAUAGGUACUUUGUAUAAAUUUUAUUGUAAAUAGUUCUGGAAAAUAUGAAGAUAAAAAUAGUAUAAUUAAAAAUAAAACGGAAAUCUACAGAUGAUCUUCAGAAAAUAUUCCGGAAAAUAAUUAUUACGUGCUAGCUUAUAUUACCUUCCUUUCCUUGAACCUAUUCAGUAAUCGAAUUUUAAAAACUGUCUUUCAUUCUUAUUGUGCGGUCCUCGUAAAGAAUUUUUCAAAUUCUAUAUUUUCACUUACUAUUGUAAAGUCCCCUGUAUAAUAGCAAUUACAAAAUCAACAGAAAUGCAUAUAACUGCAAUUUUCUUUAUACAAUUUUCGAAUCAACUUUUCUAGUGGCUACUAGAUGGCGGUAAUAAUGUUAAAAUCAGAAUUUAUGUAGACGACUGCCAUCUCAUCGAGGAAAGACCAAAUAUAGUGUUUGCUGGUAAGAAAAUUUCCUAUUUUUUAUUUGUAUUUGAAGAUAUAUCGACAGCGCUGCUUACGGAAUAUCCUAUAACGACGUAGGGUGUUACCGUGGAACUCAAAAAGUCGAAAGAAAAGUUAAAUUAAAAAUUUUGAGUUGAUACUUCAUUUAUAUAUUGAAUAAGUUAGCACUUGAUAAUAUUAGUACAUGAAAUAAAAAAAAUUAUAUUCAAUUGAAUGUACAUCUUCAUCUCUUUCUAAUUUAUGUAAUAACACACUAUUUGCCUCCGAGGGUGGUUAUGUAAGAUACAAAUAAAUAAAUUUUGUUGUUGGUUAUAAUACUUGGUUUAAAUUAAAUAAAUUUUUCGGAAAA